AUGAGGAUAUUAAUAAUUCACGCAUGCCUAUUGGCCGGUUUGUUCCUGACUUCCUUCGCUGAUGACGAUGAUGACGAUUCGGAAUUUGAGCUAGUCACAUCGGUAGAAAGUUUCGGCCAAUAUUAUGAUAAAGGUAAACCUUCUUCUGGCCUAUGUAAUGGGGAAGACCUGAAGGGUGGCUGGUCGUACUCCCAUCUCCGGGGGUCCUGUAACCAGUACCUCCACUGCGCCGAGGACAGGGCUUUCAUUCAGACAUGCGCGGCGGGGACAUUUUACGACGGAAAGGAAUGUCGUCAUGCCGACGAAGUCAUGUGCCCCGCAGAUCCUUGUCUUCGGAAGCCUCAUGGUUUUACGUACACUGACGGUCAAAGCUGUUACGGAUUUUACCAGUGCAUCAAGGGAAAGUCCCGAUACCUCACUUGUAAUGAUGGCUUCUACUUCAACCCCUAUAAACAGGGGUGUUUUCCAGACUCGACUUGUCACAAGAACAACUUGGUGCACCCUUGUGCUUUUGGGACCACUCUGCCUUUUCCUGGUCGCCCAAAUCUGUUCUACCUGUAUAACGGACACAAGACAAUGACCCCCAUGAAGUGCCCGAGGGGGACGUGGUACCGCCCCGAUAUAUGUACAUGUGACUGGAUCAUCCCAGGAAAAGUAGAAAAAGCAGGCUGCAAACCGAUGUUCCAUUUCAAGUACAACGGAAAUUUCCUGGAGCGAUAUAACCGUGUACAACAGAUGCCCACCACAGGAGUUGUUCUUUUCCGGAAGUCGGUGCUCUUUGAUCAUGGCGGCAAAAUCCUCAUCUGGGCCAUGAACAAUAUGGACCUUGAUGGAGAUUUUUCGUUCUGUUUUGAGUUUAUGGUCAAAUCUUAUGAAGGAGAAAUCGCUCUUUUGUCUAAUGACUUUGAGGAUAUUCAUUUCACGUACAAAUUAACUUUUAUCCCUUCUCUGGGAGUAGUUAAAGCGUAUUUCGUACUCAGAGACGGAAGCGUAGCGACGCUUGACGUCAAUGGCGUAGACCCAAUGCAACCUCAUUUUGUGAGAAUCGCCAAAUCUGACGACAAGUUGAACAUGAGAAUUGACAACUCUUCCCCAGCACUUGUUCAUUUACACACUGGUAUAGCGACUGGUAAGAGUCCUAUGGUGAUCGGUGCCGCUAAAGGCUGCUCCAACUUUGUUGGGUAUUUUGAUGAGCUGAAAUUCUUUCGUUGUAAUCCUACAAACUUUUUCGGUGACUACGACGAAGAAUACAACCAUGAUGAUGAUGAUGACGAUGACCAUGACGAUUUUGACGAUGACAGAUAA